CCCAGCGGAGGCCAGCUCGGCCCCCCAGGCCCGAGCCAUGUCGGCCCCUCGCAGCGGCUUCUACCGGCAGGAGCUUAACAAGACGCUGUGGGAGGUCCCCGAGCGCUUCCAGAGCCUGAGCCCCGUGGGCUCGGGGGCCUACGGCUCCGUCUGCUCUGCGUAUGACACCCACACUCGGCAAAAGGUGGCUGUGAAGAAGCUCUCCCGCCCCUUCCAGUCGUUGGUCCAUGCCAGGCGGACGUACCGGGAGCUACGGCUGCUCAAACACAUGAAACAUGAAAACGUCAUCGGCCUGCUAGAUGUCUUCACGCCAGCCACAUCCAUAGAAAAUUUCAAUGAAGUGUAUUUGGUGACCACUCUGAUGGGAGCUGACCUGAACAACAUCGUCAGGUGCCAGAAGCUAACAGAUGAACACAUCCAGUUCCUGGCAUACCAGUUGCUGCGGGGGCUGAAGUACAUCCACUCGGCUGGAAUCAUUCACAGAGACCUGAAACCCAGUAACCUGGCUGUGAAUGAGGACUGUGAGCUGAGGAUCCUGGACUUUGGGCUGGCCCGACAGACAGAUGAUGAAAUGACGGGUUAUGUCGCCACACGCUGGUACCGUGCCCCUGAGAUCAUGCUCAACUGGAUGCAUUAUAACCAGACAGUGGACAUAUGGUCUGUAGGCUGCAUCAUGGCGGAACUCCUGAAGGGAAAAGCAUUGUUCCCUGGAAAUGACUACAUUGACCAACUAAAGAGGAUCAUGGAGGUGGUUGGGACCCCCAGUUCCGAGCUGCUGAAGAAGAUCUCAUCGGAGCACGCCCGAAAAUACAUUGAGUCGCUGCCCCACAUGCCCCAGAAGGACCUCAGAAGCAUCUUCCGAGGAGCCAACCCCCUGGCUGUAGACCUCCUGGAGAAGAUGCUGGUACUGGACAGUGACCGACGGGUCAGUGCCACGGAGGCCCUGGCACACCCCUACUUUGCCCAGUACCAUGAUCCUGAGGAUGAGCCUGAGGCUGAGCCUUAUGACGAGAGCAUUGAGAACAAAGAAAGGACCAUUGAGGAGUGGAAGGGCCAUACCUGGGCUCAGUCCUGGGCACCCAUUCUCAGGAAAGAGACCAGGAUGGCAAACCAUGCAGCCCAAAGAUGGUUUGGAAGAAGUCAGGAAUGUUUUUGUCCAAGAGGAGACAUCCCAAGGACAACCUCAUUCUGCUGGAUCCCAGAGGGCAGAACCAGGAGCAGUCAAGGAAAGCAACAUGAAGUCGGGUUUUAGCUCAAAAGAAGUUCUCUCCUGGGAAGUAGUGAGAUCCCCAUCCCCCAGUGGACUCAACAACCACUUUUCAGGAAUAGUUUUGUUCGGUUAGUGAUUGGACUAAAGCUCCCUUCUAGUUCUGAGAGUGAUUCAAGUGCCUGCCUGGGGGCCUAUGUGGGUUCUGAUGGCCGUCUAGGCUGGCCCUUAGGCUUCAGUCAGGGUGGGAGACGGGACACCCCACUUUACAUUGAGGGGUAUGCUUUCUGGUGGCAAAGGGGAGGAGCUGUGCUCCUGGGACCACUCCUAGGGGCUCCCCCAUCUCAAGAUCGCCUCCCCCAAGAGACUCCCUGAAUUGGAAAGUCACUUUUCACUAUCUGUGCCCAGGAAAAUGGGUCCCCUGGCUUUAGGGGCUUGGGGUCCCUGCCUCUUCCUGUGCCAAUGGCGUCAUGGUUGUUCCCCCUGCAGGGAUCCAGGGGCUGGGAGGAGGAGGACAGCUUCCAUUCCUCUGGCUCUCGCGGCCACUGAAUUAGAAAACAGCAGAGGCCACUGCUUGUGGGGCAGAAACAGGCUCCGAGAUGUGGGUCCUCAGCGGCUGGCCAGGCCUAGGCUGGAAAUGCUGAGCCAGUGCCCAAAGGAGGAGCAGCCCCAGGCCGGGCUCUCAGGGACUUUCCAGGCUUCUUCAGUUCUUCAGGCUUUUUCUCUGUGGCUUAGGGCUCAGGCUGAAAGCAAGGGGAGCCCGGCUGGGACUCAGGCAGGCUGGGAAGGCUUUCUGGCAAAGCAGGGCUUUCCUAGAGGUUGGGAGCGAGCCUGAUGAAAGGGGGCGAGAUGCCUUAAUUCACUGGAGGGCUGGAGGGGUCCCCACUGCCCUGUGCCUGCGCUGGCCCUUCUCUGCUCCCAGAUGCAUGACCAGUGGAGGAGAGGAGCCAGGUUGGCUCUGCCAAUGGCCUCCCCACUCCCCCAGCCCUUCUGCCCCCACACAUGCUUACUCAGGAGCAAAAGCCCUGGAUGGGGAGGAGCGUGUGGAAAGCAGGAAAGAGCUGAAAAGCAAGUGAGGAAGGAAACACCACCCUGGAGAAGGGAGGGCCGCCCUCACCUCUCCCCUCAUGCUGCCCUCUGACCAGCAGGAAAGAAGGCCUGAGCCAUGCCCUCUGGGCACAGGAGUGCCAGGAAGGGCUGCUGCACGUGAAUGUACAAGCCUCCCGGCGUGUGCACACGUGAAGGGGUCUGGGAAAACGGGUGUCCUUUAGUCAUCCAGCCCGCAUGGACCCCUCCAGGGGAGUCCACCUGAGUCUGGGGCAAGGACGUGCUGUGGGCCAGUGUCAUACACGUGGCCUGUAUGUCACAGAUGAGACUGAAACAUGUACCUUGUUGCCUUGUGUGCCAGGCUUGGUGCCCACAAUCCCGGAGUCAUCUUACAACAACAAGCCCAGGAGACAAAGUGAACUCCAGGACGGGCGGCAGGGCCUGGCUGGGGCUGGGGCCAGUGGCCGGAGGUGGGGGCUGGGGCCUGGUGGGCAUGAGGCCCAGGCCUGCCCCAGAGGAUCUGGUGACUGUAAGAGGAUCCUAGGAGCUGGAGUCCGGCCUGCCACACCUCCCCUCCCCCCACCCAGCCCCAUGCCCAUCAAUCAGUCAAUCCACAAGCAUUUAAUCAAUCAACAGGCUUGACCUAGCCAGCCGUAUUGGGAGAGGUCAUCCAGGCCAACAGUGCCUCUCUCCUCUGCUCCGGUAGGGCCGGAAGUCCAGUUCUGGCCAUUUCAGGAAGGAGGAAGAUAAGGGCUGGAAGUGCAGGGUGGGAUGGAGGAACUAGGGAUGGGCAGCCCGGAGCAAAGAAGCCUCUGAGGGGGCAGGAGACUGGACCGCGGGUUCCCGGAUUAGAGGAGUGUCAGGUUCUGCCUGACCCCGGAGGGCAGGCCUAGGAGGAGUCGUGGGGCGAAGUUACAGACAGACUCCCCACUGGGAACCCCGGCCUGGGAAAGUUGUGUUUACAAUGCAAUCCGACAAAAGGGCUUUGUGCCCAUCAGAUGGCUCCCCCCAGUAGAAUGGAAGCUCCAUGAGGGCAGGGACCUUUCUGGUUCUGUCUGUGUAUCCUCAGUGCCUGGC